UUUUACGGCUUCGGAUUCGCCCAAACACGCGGUUUGAACCCUCGAACAAGAGCGAGCACGGGCAAGGGACACCGAGGCUGCGAGGCAGGAGACCUAGAUCGGGCAUUCCAUCCUUUGCAGCUGCAUCAGACGAGGGAGAGACGAGGGCGCUGGCGAUCGAUUCCCGCCCUCUUUCUCUCUCUCCCUCACUCUCAUCUUUGGUUCUCGUCUGAUGCCUCAUUUCAAUCCUUCCAAUCGCUCAGAUCCUUGAUUCCGAGUUCCACCGUAAACUCAAUCGAAUUAGAUUGAGAGAAACGCAGCGAUUUUGACUGAAUCAUUAGAGUCUCUAUACUCCGCCCGCAUUCACUGACGACUGCCGAGAUUUUGGUCUUCCAAGAAAGGAACUUGAGCACCCAUGGAUACUCCAUCGCUUCCACCUCCUUCUAUGGGCUACUCUCCUCCAGUUGCCACUCCUAAUACCCUAAUGCCUCGACCUGAACGGCGGCCUACUCCACUUGCAUUCUCCUCUCCAUCAACAUUUUCUCCUCUGCCACCCCAACAAAACCAACUGCCUCGCACAUCGUCACAGACGCCUAGAUCACUGUCAUCAGGAGACGGAGUCCAUGUUAACACUCCCCUUUCACAAUUCAGUACUCCUCCCGGACCACCACUUUUCUCUCCACCUCUUCGGCCAGCAGCAGUGCCUUUCCGAGCUACACCAACGACCCCGCAACCAGUACCAUUCUCGUCAGGAUCUACUUUACCAACAUCCUCAUCGCCUCAUUAUUCCAAUGGAUCCCAUGAGCUGUCAUUGCACCGUUCUGCUGGUCUGGAUGAGUCUACUUUUGAGUCCCCGUAUGUUCUAUUUUCUGCUCACAAGGUGUUAAAGCGUAAAAAACUUGCAAAUGUGCCUUGCUUGGGUUUUGGAGCUUUGGUCUCCCCUGGGAGAGAAAUUGCACCUGGUCCUGAGGUUGUACACCGUGAACCCUAUCGUUGUCAAAGUUGCGGGGCUUAUGCAAACCUUUACUGUGAAAUUCUAAUUGGAUCAGGACAGUGGCAGUGUGUAAUAUGUCAGAGAUUGAAUAGCAGUGAUGGCGAAUAUAUAGUUCCCAGUAAGGAAGAUCUUCAAAACUGGCCAGAACUCUCUUCCUCAGCUAUUGAUUACGUUCAGAUAGGAAAUAAACGGCCAGGUUUUAUUCCAGUUUCUGACUCGAGAAUGACUGCACCUAUUUUUCUUGUAAUUGAUGAAUGCUUAGAUGAAGCACAUCUCCAGCAUCUCCAAGGUUCUUUGCAUGCUUUUGUUGACUCCCUGCCCCCCACUACAAGGCUUGGUGUCAUAACAUAUGGACGGACAGUGUCAGUGUAUGAUUUUUCAGAGGGCUCAGUGGCAUCAGCUGAUGUUAUACCAGGUGACAAAUCACCCACCGAAGAAUCUUUGAGAGCUCUCAUAUAUGGCACUGGUGUUUAUUUGUCACCUGUACAUGCUUCACUUCCCGUGAUGCACACUAUAUUUUCUUCUCUAAGGUCAUAUAAACUCAACAUUCCAGAAGCAUCUCGUGACCGAUGCAUAGGUACAGCAGUGGAGGUUGCUCUAGCAAUCAUUCGUGGACCAUCAGCUGAUAUGACACGUGGAAUCAUCAAAAGAUCAGGAGGCAAUUGCAGAAUCAUUGCCUGUAUUGGUGGUCCUAGUACUUAUGGACCUGGAUCAGUUCCAUACUCAGUUUCUCAUCCAAAUUAUGAAUACAUGGAGAGGACAGCUAUGAAGUGGAUGGAACAUCUUGGUCAAGAAGCACUCCGACAUGAGACUAUGGUGGAUAUUCUUUGUGCAGGUACAUGCCCAGUUAGGAUUCCUGUUCUACAGCCUCUAGCAAAAAGCUCUGGUGGUGUACUGAUACUUCAUGACGAUUUUGGAGAAGCAUUUGGUGUCAACUUGCAAAGAGCAUCCAUGAGGGCUUCCGGUUCACAUGGAUUGUUUGAAAUACGCUGUUCGGAUGAUAUUCUUGUGACUCAAGUCAUUGGGCCAGGAGAAGAGGCCACUGCUGAUUCACAUGAAACAUUCAAGAAUGACUCUUCAUUUUAUAUCCAGAUGCAUAGCGUUGAAGAAACACAGAGCUUUUCCUUGUCCAUGGAAACUAAAGGAGAUAUUAAGAAUGACUAUGUUUAUUUCCAAUUUGCAGCUCGUUAUUCAAAUAUAUAUCAAGCUGGCAUUUCUAGAGUGAUUACUGUCAGGUUACCUACUGUGGACAGUGUAUCCAUGUAUCUUAGAAGUAUCCAAGAAGAUGUAGCAGCUGUGCUUAUUGCUAAGAGAGCUCUCUUGCAUGCUAAGACAUCUUCUGACGCUAUUGAUAUGAGACUUACAGUAGAUGAAAGAGUUAAGGAUAUUGCUUUAAAGUUUGGUUCUCAGCCACCCAAGUCCAAGCUUUAUCAGUUUCCUCGGGAGUUAUCAACUCUUCCUGAAAGCUUAUUCCAUCUUAGAAGGGGAUCACUGUUAGGAAAUAUUGUUGGUCAUGAGGAUGAAAGGUCAGUCUUAAGAAACUUGUUCUUGAAUGCCUCAUUUGAUUUGUCCCUUCGGAUGUUGGCACCUCGAUGUCUGAUGCAUCAUGAAGGAGGUACCUUUGAGGAGUUACCAGCAUAUGAUCUUGCUAUGCAAUCUAAUGCAGCUGUGGUCCUUGACCAUGGAACAGAUAUUUUCAUAUGGUUGGGUACUGAGCUUGCAGCUCAAGAAGGAAAAAGUGCAGCAGCUUUAGCAGCUUGUAAAACAUUAGCUGAGGAACUAUCUGAGCAACGCUUUCCAGCUCCUCGGAUUCUUUCAUUUAAAGAGGGAAGCUCCCAGGCUCGGUAUUUUGUUUCUCGUUUGAUUCCAGCACACAAGGAUCCUCCUUACGAGCAGGAGGCAAGAUUCCCUCAGCUUCGCACCUUAACCCCUGAUCAAAGAACAAAGCUAAAAUGCAGCUUCAUUCACUUUGACGAUUACAGUUUUUGUGAGUGGAUGCGAAGCCUGAAGCUAGUGCCCCCUGAACCCAGUUAAAUCUCCCAGCAACAAAUUUAUAGGGCCUGAGCUACGACAAAACCAAACUCGUCAUAAAAUAUGCCCUCAUACUUAUUGAAUCCAUCAGGAACUUCUCGAUGAUGCUAGUCUUUGAUUAGUGUCAUCCUGUAACUGAUUUUAUAAGACAUGUCCAGUAAGUGUUGCCUGCUGCUAGCCAAUUCAGAUAAUUCUGAAAGGUGCUUUACAAAUGAGAGAUAUCAGAGUACAUAGAUGAUUUUUUCCUCUGCGAUUGGCUUAGAUUUUGAAAUUUCAAAAGCAAUAAAUAUCAAGCCUUAUGUUUCCCUUAGACAUGAUGAAAUGUGACGUCCUUUUCUGCAUCCGUUGGAUUGAGAUGGUUUUGGGAAAGUAGAACAAUGCAAGCCAUACUGUCUUAAUCUCUUCUUUUUCUUGCUUAAUUAAAGCAUAGAUAAUAUUUAUUAUACUUUGCAAUCGUACUUUGUGUUGUUCUGUCACAAUAAGAUAAGUUCUGUCAAAUUAUUGUUCUGCUA